AGUGAGAGAGAGCAAUCAGGAAAGACAAAUGGUUUUCGCCCAUGCGUUGCUGUGAGUCACGGGGUAAGCUGUCAGUUUCGGAAGCCGAAUAACUACAGUAUCAGCGCGAGACAUCCCGUUUCAAAAAGGUGGUUAGUGUUGCUAUUUGAUUUACAAGUAGCUUACAGCGGAGGUACAUACGGACAAUAAUGUUUAGCUGGCUGGGGAAAGAUCCUGGCCGCGGUAAGGAUGGAGACGUCCUGGAAUCGGUUGCGGACGGGCUCAAAUCUCUGUAUACGCGUCGGUUGUUGCCUCUUGAGGAGUACUACCAGUUCCACAACUUCCAUUCGCCGGCUCUUGAGGAUGCCGACUUCGUUAACAAGCCAAUGAUACUACUUGUGGGACAGUAUUCAACUGGCAAAACCACUUUUAUCAGAUAUCUUCUGGAGCAGGAUUUUCCAGGCAUGAGAAUUGGACCAGAGCCUACAACUGAUUCCUUCAUUGCAGUGAUGAAUGGGGAUACAGAGGGAGUUAUUCCAGGAAAUGCUCUGGUCGUGGACCCCAAAAAACCUUUCCGCAAGCUCAACUCUUUUGGAAAUGCUUUCCUAAAUAGGUUUCUUUGUGCACAGCUGCCCAACCAGGUGCUGAAGAGCAUAAGUAUCAUUGAUACACCAGGAAUUUUGUCUGGGGAAAAACAACGCAUCAGCCGAGGCUAUGACUUCACUCAAGUUUUACGGUGGUUUGCUGAGCGGGUUGACCGUAUCAUUCUCCUUUUUGAUGCACAUAAACUGGACAUUUCUGAUGAGUUCUCAGAAGCAAUCAAAGCCUUCCGUGGUCAGGAUGACAAGAUCAGGGUUGUGCUUAACAAGGCAGACCAAGUAGACACUCAACAGUUGAUGAGGGUGUAUGGUGCACUUAUGUGGUCACUAGGAAAAGUGAUAAACACUCCUGAAGUUGUGCGGGUUUACAUUGGCUCCUUCUGGUCGAAACCCCUGCAAAAUACAGAGAACCGAAAGCUAUUUGAGAUGGAAGCGCAUGAUCUGUUCAAGGAUAUCCAGAGCUUACCAAGAAAUGCUGCCCUACGGAAACUUAAUGAUCUUAUCAAGAGAGCACGACUUGCAAAGGUACAUGCAUAUAUAAUUAGCCACCUGAAAAAGGAGAUGCCUGCUAUGUUUGGAAAAGAGAACAAAAAAAAGGAGCUAAUUAGCAAGCUGCCAGAGAUAUAUAUCCAGCUUCAACGAGAACAUCACAUCUCUCCAGGAGACUUUCCAGAUGUCAAAAAAAUGCAGGAGCAGCUCCAGAUUUAUGACUUCUCAAAGUUUCAUCCUCUGAAACCAAAACUGAUAGAAGCUGUGGAUAAUAUGCUUGCUAACAAAAUUGCUUCUUUGAUGAAUGUGAUCCGUAUGGAAGAAAACAGCAUGCCACCUCAGGCUGUUCAGGGUGGAGCCUUUAAUGGCAACUUGGAAGGCCCUUUCAAUCAGGGAUAUGGAGAAGGAGCAGGGGAGGGAGUGGAUGAUGAAGAAUGGGUUAUUGCAAAAGACAAACCAAAGUACGAUGAAAUAUUUUAUACCUUGUCUCCAGUCAAUGGUAAAAUCAGUGGUGCUAGUGCCAAAAAAGAUAUGUUGAACUCAAAAUUGCCGAACACAGUGUUGGGGAAGAUCUGGAAGUUGGCAGACUGCGAUAAAGAUGGGAUGCUUGAUGAUGAGGAGUUUGCCUUAGCCAGACAUCUGAUCAAGGUCAAACUAGAAGGGUAUGAGCUGCCCAAUGAGCUGCCCAGUCAUCUAGUUCCACCAUCUCACAGAAAAAACACUUUCUUCUCUGAGUAAAAUGAGACAUGGUCAAUGAACAGUCUCGCAUAGUAAUCCAUGUUUUUCAUAACAUGAAUACUUUUUCUUUUAGCUUCUUUUUGUAAACUGUGACAACAAAACUAGGAGGGUGAAACACUUACUGAAGUUCAGUUUUCAGUGGCCUUUGGUGAGCUUUACAGCUAUGUGACGGUUCUUUUCUGUUGUAGCCUGUGCCCAGCAGUUUACACUUCCUAAUGUAGUGUGAUUUCUAGCAGACAUUUUCUCUUUUCAUCAUGUGUCACAAAAAAUCUGUUUUCUUGAUUUUUUGAGAUGCAGUUCAGACAUUCUGACAAACACAAAUAUAGUAAAAGCCUGUUGCCAGAAAUGCAGUUAACAUUAUGAUUUAGCUCAGCCUGUUGAUUUCUGGGGAAUUUUCAGAAUGCCAGCAAAAAAAGUUACCUCCAAUUUUCCAGUCACGUGUUUAAUAACAUUUUUUGGUAAAAGGAAUUUAUAUUUUUUAAAUAACUAAGCUUAUAAGUUUUCCUUCUUGUCAGUGAAUAUUUCUAAUUUUUAAAAUAUUUAUUACAUUAGAAUUAAUAAUUGACAUUACAUUAGCUAUGAAGUUUUCAUUUUUUUUGUUUUGAAGAACAUAAAUAUAGCCAACAUAAAGUUUCUUUAAAAAGAGCAUCUGACACUUCCCUGUAUAUCAUUGCUUUCCCCUGAUACUGAAGACUUGAUUUUUUAUAUGUUGUCAUAGCUGUAAUGUAGUUGGUGAUGUCAAAUUGUUGUCAUAGCAAUACUUUCAUAAGAAUACUGGAACCACCUCCAGACAUAAAGGAUGUAAGGUUGGAGAUGUCUUUCUUCCAAAAUUCAGGGUUAGAGUGUUUGUAUGUUCUCAGAACUCUUGAAAAGAUGGCAGAGAUUUGGGUUGGACCUCCAUAUAUUCAGUUUGUCGGGUUUACUUCAUGGAGCUAUGUCACAUGUCUGAUGCUUCCCAGCAGUUUUCGAUCUGUAUUUCAGAUGCAAUAUAAAAAUGUGUCAUUGCUUUAUCAGUCAGAUUCCUCCUUAAGACUAAAAUGGAUGCAAGAUGAUUCUUAUUUUUGUAGAGUAAGCAUGCAAACCAUUGAAUGAUUUUUAUUUGUGGUUUUCUGAAAAAUUAGAUGCAAUGACUGCUGCAGGGUGUGCACACUGAUUUACUCUAUCAUUUUGUAACUUAGAAGGCAGCAAAAUUUUGGGAGAGCAAAUACACACUGAAAAGGAGAGUUAGCAGUCCAUGCACACUUUAGGCUUGCAUUGUGGCAUUUUAUGGGUGCUGUGUCACAAUGCUUUCCCCCAGCAUUUCUAAAUAUAUGUGGGCUGUUCUUUAAUUAAAUGACUUGCAAACUUUUUAUUAAAGAUACACCCACAAAGUCAUCUUUGUCCUUUGUGACAUCAGCACUGGGGUAGUAUAGGACUUGGUCCAUAUAUCGUAAUGGACUCCUUUUCCACAAACUCACUUUGAUAUAUCCAUUAAUGUCUGUGGGCACAUCCUCAUGCUAGCCCUACACUAGUGUCACCAGUAGAUAAAUUGAACUGACAUUGGCUUAGACAAAACAUAAUUUUGUAAACACUAUUAUUCAAGAAACCAGAAAGAGACAAAUGGAUAUGAGAGCAAAAUGUGGUACUGUAGGCACCACUUGUUAAGCUGUAAAAGGAAGUUACAAGCUGUGCCUGGACACUUUUACAAACACAUAUGUCUAAUUUUUGUUAGAAAAAAAUAAAUUGGUGACUCGGUCCGGUUGCAUUUUGGGAUUUAAGAAGUUUAAUGGUUUGCUAAAGACUAAUUGAAGCAUCUUUCCAAGAAGGUUUGUAGCUUGCUGCUUUAGAUCUCUGCAAUGCUGCCUGCCCUGGUUUAAAGUAUCAGUGAUUUAUUUGACUUGCAAGUUAUGUCAUGUGACAAAUUCACCACAAUAAUGUACUUUUUAACUUUAUACGACUAAAAGAUGUUUAUUUGUUGCAUUCUAAACGUUAAUAAGGUACAUUUUAGAAGACAACAAAACUGUGAGCCAGGUAAGUGUGCACAAUUUAAGGAGGAGAGCAAUGUCUGAAAUGUGACUGUACAGUUUGGACUGAGGUAUCCGUUUAGGAAAUAAGUGAUAUUUUUGUUUAGAUUAAUUACAUCAGUUUUCUGUGCCAUGUAUUCCACAGGUGAUAACUACACGGUACAAAUUGGAUGAUGUACAUUACAACAAGAAUAAGUUGAUUGAUUUGUUCUUUCUUUGUAAAACAUGUCUGUUUCUUGCUUUGUUACAGAGUAGGUUUGGUAUUCAUUCUUGAAGUUGCCUCAUAGUUAGAAAACCACUGUGCUUUAUUUUCAUUUAGCUUCCUGAAAACCUCUUCCAUCAUGUGAAGAAGUAUGCAGCAUGUCUUGAAUCAUGAAGCUUUCAUAAUUUGUGAAAUGACACCCUGAGAACAGGUUUACAAGAUGCUGUAUUUUGCACAAGCUGUUAUAGUCAUAUGUUUGAACACUGGGCAUAUUACUGAGGCAGCUAGUCAGGAGUCAGUUUUCAUAGUGCUGUUGCAUUAGAAUAACCUGAGAAAAACAAAAGUAAACUGUUAAGAUAUGAGAAAAAUAAGUCUGUUUGUAUGUAGUUUAGAGGGAUGUCAUACAUGCUGCCAUGAUCCACCUUAACAAAUAAAUAUUUGUCAAGUUUGACCCCCUUUAAAAAUGGAACUUGCCAAACGUUUUUCUGGAAUUCUCAGUCAGCCCAUAGUGAGGAUUUGUGCCUCAGACAUCAUAGCUGUUGUAUACAUUGUUGAGGUCACACUUCUGAGAAAGAGGGUCUUAAUUUACAAGAGUUUAUCUCAUCAAGCUGGGUCUCAGCAAAGUCUCCCACAUCCAUUAAGAAUGGUCCAUAAUAUAAAUAAUUGGCUCCCAACUGAAAUGCUGACACACUAAAUGCUGAGUGUCAGCACACGGAAAAUCAUGGAGAAACACAAAUCUCAGACAUUGCUUUUCUGCCUUAAACUUCUUAAACUUCUUUUGUUGCAUGAGGAGCAAUUCCUCCACACCCCCUGAACUUGUAUACCAACUCCUGGAUCACCAUACCUCGGAGAAGAGAGAAUAUUCUAGGGAAAUGGCCAUCUCAGACUUGGUAUAUUGAAUUCCGUCGUCAUUGCCUCCCCUCCCCCCUGGCUAUUCAGUCUCCUUGUUUUGUGGCUCACUUUAGUGGGUCCCAACAUUUCAAAUGGUUACUUAUCUAAACAGUAUAUCUGGAGGAUUAGCCUGAGCACUCAUCAGCACAGUUUAAUGCAACCUGAAAGAGCAGGCCUUGUGUUGGUUAUCUGUACCUGUGUCACCCUUUUAUUCUAAUCUGUUUUAAUAAGCAAGUUAUUUUAUAUUUAGUGACCACACAAGAGCUAAUGGGCACAAAUGCUUGUUUUCAGGGGUAGCUUGAUCAUUUUAGUUUGCUUGUUUGGAUUGCAGAGAGCAGCUGUAUGCAGGCAAAAAGUGUAGGUAUCAAACCUUUGCCUACUAUGUGCAUUUCCUUUCACAUUGUUAGUUUAUGUUGCUAUCAUUGGUUCUGUAACUGUACAUGUAAGCUGCAGAAUUAUACAUGUUCAUUUUUAAUGAUGUUUAACCAAAGAUUUAUUUCUGAUUUUUAAAAUAUUCCCUCACUCUUGUCCUGAAAUAAUAAACUUGUUAAUUUCAUCAUUUGAAAA